CCCCAGCCGUCCCGCCGUCGCGAACGCGCCAAUCUGUCGGCCGGGAGCUGUGUGGUAACCCGCGGCGGCCUCCGGCUUUCCGAAGACCCUUUCCCGCGAGAGCGGGGCGAUGCAGGGCAGCCGGCAGCCGAGGGUCCGCUCAGGGAACGAACCCUGGCCCGCGCCCGCCAUGGAGCCGGCGGGUCCCGGGGCUUGGGCCCACAGCCGCGCCGCGCUGGUCCGCCUGGAGAACCUGCUGCGCUGCUCGCGCUGCGUUAAUAUUCUGAGGGAGCCUGUUUGCCUAGGAAGUUGUGAACACAUCUUUUGUAGUAACUGUGUAAGCGACUGCAUUGGAACCCGAUGUCCAGUAUGCCAAACCCCAGCUUGGAUACAAGACAUAAAAAUAAAUAGGCAGUUGGGCAGCAUGAUCCAGCUUUGUAGUAAACUUCGAAAUUUACUACAUGACAACAAGCAAGAUGUGAAAGAAGAUACAUCUAGAACACAUUUAUUUAACGAUGCUGAAAACAAGAAGAAUUCAAUAAAAAUGUGGUUUAGUCCUCGAAGUAAGAAAGUCCGAUACGUUGUGAGUAAAGUUUCAGUGCAAACCCAGCCGGAAAAGGUGAAGGAUGAAAACACUCAGCAAGCCUCACCUUAUGAAUUUAUCUCCAUGACUCCUCCUACAGAUGUUCCUAAGAAGGCUAGAAAGACUCCCACAACAUCUGGGAAAAAGCAGAAAAAAAAAACUUUAGCUGAAAUCAACCAAGAAUGGAAUUCAGAGGCAGGAAAAGGAGGAGGUGACCUUGACUCAAAAGAGGAAUGCAAAGAAAAGCUGGUGUCCUUCUGUAGCCAGCCAUCGGUUAUUGGUAGUCCACAGGCAGAAGGUGAGAUAGACUUACUUGCUAGUGGCCCUUGCAUAGAGUCUGAAUCUUCAGAAAACAUAGCUGAAGUCUUUUUGCCUUUAGCUGAACAAAUUGAGUCUCCAGACAGUGAGACCAUGAAUGAAGUGACUCCUGAGGAGGUCUCUGAAAACCAUCUUAGAUCUAAAAGGUCUUUGACAUUAGAUGGUAUAGGAAACAUAAAUGAAGUCUCUUUGCCUUUAGCUGAGCAGAACAAGUCUCCAGAUAUUGAGACCAUGAAUGAAGUGAUUCCUGAGGAGGUCUCUGAGAACCAUCUUCGAUCUAGAAGGUCUUUGACAUUAGAUGGUAUAGGAAAACGUAGGCAUUCUAGUCCCGUUUCUAACAGAAGUGUAAGCAGCAUUCCAAGCACCAGUGGAGAUAUUCCCGAGCAAACCGAGCCUUCAGAAAGCGUGCCAAUACCUGACUGUUCUUCACCACCUCCCAGAAAACGUAAAGUUCGUACCUCAUUGAGCAGAAAAAAUAGUGAGGUACCAGAUGACUCCAUUAACCUUUCAUCAGGCACUGCACCCCCUUCUUUGAAUAGUUCACAUUACAGACGAAUGAUCUGCAGCCAGUCAGCAGUGAAGACGUCCUCCAGCAGCCUUAUGGCUGGGAAGAGGAAUCAUAGAGGAGAGACUUUGCUCCACGUUGCUGCAAUUAAGGGUGAUAUACCGUCUGUUGAGUACCUCUUAAACAAUGGAAGUGACCCAAAUGUCAAAGACAAUGCUGGAUGGACACCAUUGCAUGAAGCAUGCAAUCUUGGGCACUUGAAGGUGGUAGAAUUGUUGCUGCAACACAAGGCCUUGGUGAACACCACGGGAUACCAGAAUGAUUCCCCACUUCAUGACGCAGCCAGGAACGGGCACCUGGAUGUAGUUAAGCUUCUCCUGUCCUAUGGAGCCUCUAGGAAUGCUGUGAAUAUAUUUGGUCUACGGCCUGUGGAUUGUACAGACAAUGAGAAUAUGAAAUCACUGUUACUGCUAACAGAGAAGAAUGAAUCAUCCUCAACUAGACAUGACUCGGUAACCAACACUGGGCAGCGGAGGGAUAGACCGCUUGUACUUAUAGGCAGUGGACUUUCUUCAGAACAACAAAAAAUGCUUGAUGAGCUUACAAUAAUUCUUAAGGCCAAAAAAUGUGCUGAAUUUGACAGUACAGUAACUCAUGUCAUUGUUCCUGAUGGUGCAGUUCAAAGUACUCUGAAAUGUAUGCUUGGAAUCCUCAAUGGAUGCUGGAUCCUGAAAUUUGACUGGGUAAAAGCCUGUCUGCAGAGUAAAACUUGUGAGCAGGAAGAAAAGUAUGAAGUUCCUGAUGGGCCACAAAGAAGUAGACUUAACCAAGAACAACUGUUACCAAAACUGUUUGAUGGAUGCUACUUCUAUUUUGGAGGAACCUUCAAACGCCUUCCAAAGGACAACCUUAUUAAGCUUGUUACUGCAGCAGGGGGGCAGAUUCUCAGUAGGAGACCCAAGCCAGACAGUGACGUGACACAGACCAUCAACACCAUUGCUUACCAUGCCCAGCCUGAUUCUGAUCAGCGCUUCUGCACGCAGUACAUCAUCUACGAAGACGGCUCUGCUCAUUAUCGCCCAGAAAGGAUCCGGCAAGGCAAAGUCUGGAUGGCUCCAUCCAGCUGGUUUAUAGACUGUGUGAUGUCCUUUGAGCUGCUUCCCGUUGAGAGCUCUGACAUGGCAUGAGUGUUAGAAGUUGAGCUUGGGCAGUUUGUGAGAACCCAAACGUUGACCAUUCAUAUUUUUAUAAAUAGGUAGAAGCAGUCAAAUUUUCUUUGAGUUAAAAAUAAGUUUCUCCAACACCAGAUUAGAAAUUCACUCUGUUUACAGAUUUGAUGCUAAAAUUGCUGUAAUGCAUUUUUUUUUUAGAACUGGCAAAUGAUUUUUGAUUUAUUAUGUUUAUUCAUGUUAUCAGCUAAGUUUAAUGAGCUGUGGUUUAGUAUAAAAGUGGUUGUGUUACUGCUUCGGCCUUUGCUAUGAUUUAAUCAAAAGUCACAUUUGCCUUCUUC